AUGAGCUCAGACAUGAUCAUGAAAAAUUUGAAAAACUUUUUGCUGAACUUGGAUUCUACUAGCUCGAUAGCAAGAAGUCGUAUUAACUCGAUAAGAUUUACUAAAACUAGUGCAUCGUCCGUCUCGAGCUACAAAUCAGCCUAUUCUUCGUUUCCAUCAACACCUCCAAUAAAUGCUUCAAAGUCUAAAAAGUCUCCUAUAACACCAAACCUUUUGUUAACUCCUGGCAACGACUCAGUAUUUCUGUCACCUUCAACUUCUACUGCAAUGCCGCUCUUACCUCAAGAUUGGUUAGGAAAAUCCUUAGAUGAUAAAAUGACAGCUCUGAUGGAACAACUUCUGCCUUCUGAACAAUCCAUGAAGAAGAAGUUUGAACACCUGAGUACUCAGAUUGAGGAGUUAAAAACUGAACAGUCUAAUACUACUGAAAAAUUAGAAGAAGUCACUAAGAAUGUACAGGUGAAUGCUGAUGCUAUUUCCAAGAUUGAUAGAGAACUCUCCGAGGUAAAAUCCCAGGUGGAAACUGAUAAGGAAUCAAUGCAAGAGAAACUAUCGUCUCUGCGUAACCCAAAUCCAGUAGGAUCCACUUCCAGUUCACCUACUAUUUCUUCAGCGACCCAAAGCACGGCUGAAUCAGUUUUCUCAGGCAUCCCGGACCCUGUUAUUGAUAAACUGCCUCCGACGGACAUUUCAACUUCUAUUCUCAACUAUUUAAAAUUACCUCAUCUAACAAGUGAUGUCUUGAAUAUUCGAAAAUUUGAUAGACAGACGAAAAAAAAUGUGGGCAGUACUAGAAAUGAAAACGCGCCUUCCUUGCACUCGUUUCUAGUCUACAUGAAAUCAUCACAGAUAACUUUGCCCAGAUCUCCUUCAGAUACAAGACCAAUAGCAAAUCUGUCUCAUUUAGAAAAAGUAUUUGAAAGAAUAGUUGCAAAUCAGCUGGUAACUUACCUGGAAGACAAUUCAUUACUUGAUCGGUGUCAAUUAGGAUUUCGUAAACAUCGCAGUACGCAAACGGCAUUAUUAAAACUCAUAGACGACGUUAGGGGAGCAAUGGAUAAAAACCAAUUCACUAUACUGGUGCUAUUUGACCUGAGUAAAGCCUUUGACUACGUUGAUCCCAAAGUCAUACUAACUUCUCUGUAUGAACUAGGUUUCUCUACAGAAGUGAUAAAUUGGUUUUUCUCCUAUCUGUCAAACCGUCCCCAAUCCAUACUAAACGACCAUGGAACUCCAAUUGAACUUUUAAAAACCUCGUCGGGUGUUCCUCAAGACUCUGUACUUGGCCCAAUUUUAUUUUUAAUCGUUAUAAACUCUGUAGCCAGGUGGAUAAUUUUUUGUAAAUAUGGCCUGUUUGCUGACGACAUGUACAUCUACCGACAUUGCUUCGCUUACCAGUUCCAUGAUGCGGCUCAGCAAGUCACUGCUGAUUCACAAGCAAUUGCCGACUGGGCACGUUCUCAUGGAUUGAUGAUUAAUUUGUCUAAAACUAUGGCGAUGAUUUUGGGAUCUAGUAGUAAAUUGAAACAAUUACAAUCCCUGGAUGUUCCUCCUAUUCUAAUUGACAACUCACAAAUUCCUUACGUGAAUUCUACAAAAUGCUUAGGGCUCAUAAUUGAUCAAAAUUUAUCCUGGAAUAGUCACAUCUUACAGACUACCAGGAAAGUUAAUUUUGCUCUUCAUAGUCUUAAGGUCCGAAAAAAUAUUUAUACUACUGAGAUAAGAAAGCUCCUGGUGACAGCUACUAUCCUACCUCUAAUUGAUUACUGCUCUAUUGUUCUUAUUGAUUCGACUUCAGAGAAUAAUCUGAAGCUACAAAGAGCUGUCAACUCUUCAAUUAGAUUUAUCUUCAAUCUCAAAAAAGAUUACUUUAUUAGUCCUUACCGUCAAGAACUGGGAUGGCUUACAAUUAAAUAUCGUUGA